AUGAAGCUCAUCUUCUUCGGGCUUCUGUGCACUUAUGUUGUGUGCGCUUUGCCGCCAUUGACUCCAGAACAAGAGGAGCUGGUGAAACAGCAUGGAUUGAAAGUACUAUCCUUAUCGAGCAAUAACACAUCAUAUUAUCAUGGCAAACGCGUGGCGCUGAAGCACAAGUACGUGGGAGCUAAUGGGAACAUACAGAACACGCGGUAUAGCGGGGACUGGUUGGCAGUGGAGGCCACCACAGCCGUCAGCGAGAGGGGACACUACCUGGCAGCCUUGAUCGCGGCCAGGAUGACCAAACACAUGCCCUCCUCCAUUUUCAGUGCUGUAGCUCGGAAUGCCAAGAUAGCAGUCUUUGCCCAUGGUCAGGAUAUAACUAUUUUCCCAGAGUAUGCUGCUGAGAGGGACACGCCCCAGUGUCACAACACUUGUGCUGGUUCCUGUUCAGUAACGUGUACGUUUGACCAUCGUAAAUACAACACAUUGGCUGGAGUAGGGGGAGACACGUGUUGUAUAUUGGAGGAUAAUAUUCUAUGUAAUUCACGUGAUCCAUAUCAUCACACCAACAAUAUUCUCAUUCACGAAUUUGCUCACACAAUCCAUAAACACCUGCCAUCCUCUAUUAGGAGUCAGAUAACGGAGGCCUAUAAUAACGCCCGUUACCACAACCUUUGGACUGCUAGUUCCUAUGCUAUGGCUGAUGAACGUGAGUACUGGGCCGAGGGGACAGGCUCAUUCUUCAUGGUUAACAAACAUCCAACAUCCACUGGAGGAAUGAACACAUGUGGACACACCCAUUGUCAGACGGAACAAGAAGCCCGUUAUUACAUUUACCAGAAGGACUCUAAGCUGUACUACGCAUUAUCCUACGUCUAUCUUAACUACCAAUACACAGUACCGUCAAAUCUGGCAGCCUGUGUCACCGGUUAAUAUUAA